AUGACGCACCUGCUUCUGUGCAGCACAGUUUUACCCCUGAACGUGCCGGGGCUGUGCGUACCGGCCGUGCGGAGCGGUGCCCGGGCCGAAGGCUCAGGCAGGAGCGGCUUCGUCGCCGGCCGUGCGGCAGCUUCCCCGCCCGCCGCGGCGGCCCGAGGCGGGGGAUUGCGGUCCCCGCGUGGGAGUGGCUUCUCGCUUUGUUCUCCGGUGCGGUGCGGGCGGGGCUGCGUGCGGGCCGAAGUGCAGCGCGGACGGGGGCUCUCCUGCCAGGUACGGCUGCGGGAGCGGCUCCGGGCGCGGCCGGAGGGGGUGCAGGCUGACGGCGGCGCGUUCGCUCCUUCCGCGCAGCGGCGGGGCCGGCUUCAAGCGCCCUCCUCGGGGGGGAGAGCGCUCGCACCGGCUUCCUGCGAGUGCUCCCCCCCGCCCCCCGUACACCCCUCCUGCGCUGGUGGAUGGUUCACAAACGUAGCUCGUCCCCGGCUGACGUGCCGGAGACGGAGCAGCCCAGCCCUGCCGGGGCCAGCUCCCGCGCCGGACGGCGGCGGCGGCGCUCGGCGCCCACCACGCCCGGGGGAUGCUGCCCCUGCGCGCCGCGCUGCUGCCAAAGCGCUGCCGAGGCGGAUCGGCCCCGCGCUCACGGCUGGUAAAAAUAAAGAAUAUCCACUGGAAAGUUCUCCUCCAAUCAACCAUGAAGCAGAAACAUCCGUUAGUUUUCAACCAACUAGAAUUUGUUGUGUUCAGUAUUCUGGGGAUGGAAAUUACCUGGCCUGUGGGCUGGCUAACAAGUCUGUACUGAUAUUCAACUCUGAUCUCACCAAUACACGGCAUGUUUUUGCAGGUCAUGAUGGUGCAGUUAACUCUGUUGGCUGGAGUCAUGACAAGAAGUGGAUAGUUUCUGCAUCAGAUGAUAGAACUGUAAGGGUCUGGUCAGUCUGCAAGAAUGAACCCGCCCUAAUUCUGGGAAAAGAGAUGUUCCAGCGGGCUGUAGGCUUUGCACAAUUUUAUUUUAUGGAUACAUUUAUAUUGCUGUGCUGUGGAGCUGAAUUUCAUCUAUUGAGUUUCCAUCUAGAUGCAGCAAAGGAUGACCUAAGACGAUACAAACAGAAAAGUAUUUGCAAAUUGGUACAGAAAUUUCCCAUGGCUUCAACAGUGGAGAUUACCAGCCUUUCAGCAGUGAAUGAUUUCUACUCGUAUAUUGUACUUACAGCUGGCAGCAACCGAGCAUUGGAAGUUUUUGAUCUCAAUGCGGGCUACAGCACAGCAGUGAUACCAGAAGCUCAUACUAGAGCAGUCCAUCAGAUCUGUCAAAACAAGGGAUCAGCUUUCAGCACUCAGAAGCCUGAAGCUUACAACCUUUUCAUGACCACAGCUGUAGGAGAUGGAAUCAAACUCUGGGAUUUAAGAACUCUCAAGUGUGAACGUCGAUUUGAAGGGCACAGUAGCCACUCCUACCCUUGUGGAAUUGCAGUAUCUCCUUGUGGGAAGUUUAUAGCCAGUGGUUCAGAUGACAAGUAUGCUUACAUAUUUGAGAUGCAUUCGAGUACCUUUUCAUAUAAACUGGGAGGACACACAGAAUCUGUCACUAAUGUGGCUUUUAGUCCCUUUUUGCCACAGAUUCUUACAGACUUUCAGCAGUUUACCUCUUCCUCUUUGAUCUCCCUCUGCUUCAGAUCGUCGAGCAUCCACUGUGCUGUGCACAGUUAUUUUAUACGUGUCCUUUCUACAUACUGCUUUAAGAUACUGAGGAAGGAAUUUCAGUGGUUAAUUUUCCCUUUAAACAGUAUUGUGCAGUAUUGCAUACUUUGUAUGAGGACUGUCUGCCAAGAGCUGUACUACAGUUGA